AUGGAACAGAAAAGAAUGGACCAUGAAGAUGAGAAAGGACAAAGAAAGAUAGAGCAAAAACAAGAACUUCAAAAGGAGUUACAAAGGGAAAAAGAUGUAGAGAAACUGAAGGAAAUUCAGAAAAGCUUGAAAGAACAAAGCGAGUCUGAGGUGGAGAAGCAAAGAGAGAGAGAAAGACUUUUGGAGGACCAACAAAAGGAGAAACUGAAGGAAACUGAGAAAAGUGUGAAAGAACAAAGUGAGUCUGAGCUUAAAGUACAGAAUGAGAGAGAACAAAGAGAUUCAGAAAGACUACUAGAGAUCCAGAGGAGCGAAAUUGAAAAUAGGCAAGCAGAGAUGGACAACAGAAAAUUGGAAAUGAAAAGGGAAGAAGUGGACGCUGGACAAAUGGAAGCAGAGAGGGAGAUUAAAAGUGAGCGUAUGAGAAAGGCAGAAGAGAGACAAAGAAAGAGAGAGGAGCAACAAAAGCAGGAUGAGGAAGCAAGAUACUGGUAUGAACACCCAGAGGAAUGGCGUAAGCACCAAGAAAAACUGGCCAUCCAGAAAGAAGAGGCAUGGCAACAAGAGCUGGAGAAAAAGUGGGAAAAGGAGGCAAAGAGACUUGAAGAAAUCAACAAAGACGAAAAGGCACAUGAGGAAAAAAUGAAAGCCCAGACAGAGGGAACUCUGUUGGAGACAGAGGUUGAGGUGUGGCUGGGCAGCGCUGGAGGAGAGAGUGGUCAACAGCGGAGCAGAGGGGAUGAGGAGAGCGUGUCCACAUCAGAGGCUUAA